GAGGUGGGCCAGCUGCGACGGUCGCUCCCAAGGUUUGGGGCCUUUCGGUUGCCAGAGUUGGAGCUGGAGCUGGAGCUGGAGGUGGUGACGGUUGCGUCUGCUCGCUCGAGGCUGAGUGCGAGGGCGAUGCAGGAUCUCAAACGACAUGGCUGGCUUGCCGGCCAGUCCCUGACCUAGUCCAGGCUCUCUCCGUACCAACCUUUUUCCGGGCUGGUCAAUGGCAUCAAUUUCUAUAUAACAAUCGCUUCUCCCUCCUCUGGACCCAGCCUGUCACCCAGUUCCGCAGAACCAUCAUUCGUUACCUCCUUCUCAGCAAUUUGCUCCUCGCUCGUUGCAGACCCAACCCAAUUACAUUCUUUUCUCUCACAAAGGCCUACGUAAUCCAUCACCAUGCGUUCAUUCACCAUCGCUGCCGCCGCCGCCCUCAUCUCCUCAGCCUAUGCUUCUCCAUGGACUAUGGGCGGCCUCUGGGGAGGGAAGUACGACCCGACCAAGUGCUUGACCCAGGCCACUGUUGAGAGCCUUGUUGAUGGGUUUGGCAAACUUAUCUCAGCCUACACCGACGCCGACGCCGAGAAGAUCCUGGCGGACAAUCUGACCGACUAUUCUGACUCGAUCAACUCCCUCAUCGGCCAACCAGUGGGCACCGCGACCUUCCCAAGCAAGGCAGCCUUCAUGGCCGGCCAGGGCUCUCAGCCCCCAGUCCCGUUCCAGCUCCUUGCCAUUGAGGCUUUCAACUGCGACACCAUCUCCCUGCGAUGGAUCGGUGGUCUCCAACCUCAGCCCGUCAAGGGCAUCACGGUCUUGAAAGCAUCCAACAGCCAAGGCCAAAAGGAUACGUGGCAGAUCAGCACCAUCUACACCGAGUUCAACAGCAUUGCGUGGUUGGAGGAUAUCGGUGGCAACGUGACCUACCCAAGCCACUGAGACCCCUGAGGCUUCAUUUAUCUGAUACCCAUUUGACAUUUGGGCCAGGGGCAUAGCGUUGGCGCCGGGAAAAUGAUGCGUGGAUGGGGCUUUUCCGCGACUGAGAUUUUCAGCAGCGAGGCACACGACAUCAAUGGGGGUGGCACUACAGGAGACCCCGAGCAUAUAUUGGAUCUUGUGAAACGUUAUGCGGCAUCAUUUCGACGGCUGACCCUUGACCUGCAACUGAAUUGGCAUUUUAAUGGCUUCCAGUACAUAGCAAUAAUACAGCGUGCUCCUUGCGCGACAUUCCACACACUCGUGUGACUCGGACUGUCCAUCUCCUCGUCCCACGCCGGCGGCGAUAGCGACCGGGACUCGGGUCCAGAGUUAUUUCGCUUAAGCCUCCUCCUCCCCCGACACCC